AGUCCAAACUAUGGAACCUGUAAGUCUUGGAACUGUCUACUUGAAUAGGAAAUAGUUCCUAGACUGCAUUAUAUUUGUAUGUCGUUAAUUCAUGUUUGAAUAAGCCUAGUGGUUAUUCUUGGUUGCAAAACCUAGGGUUUCUUUCUAUGGAAUCUUUCAAGUGGGCUUUGUGGGAAGACUACAGCUUCCCUGCGGCAUAGCAGGACCGGGCGACAUCCCCGUACUUUCAAUCUACCAUGCGUUUGCGUCACUGCUACGUGUAUGUGGAAAAUACGAAACCGCUGGAGAACGGAACACGAUGGAGGAAUGAAUCUGUUAAAGAGAAUGAUACACCAAGCCACACGCCCACCGCAAUGGCAGCAACCAGUACCUCACACCAACCCGUCCAGAAACCCACCUCAACCCAAGGUCACAUGCAAUCACCACCGCCAAACUCCUGCUGUCAGGUCUGCGGCGACAAGUCUUCUGGAUUCCACUAUGGCGUCUUAGCUUGCGAAGGAUGCAAGGGCUUCUUCAGGAGAAGCAGCAAGAGAGAGAAGGAGUAUACGUGUCGGCAUGGCAACGGUCACUGUACGAUAGGGAGGAUGAAUAGGAACAGAUGUCAGCAUUGUCGGUACAAGAAGUGCUUAGCAGUAGGAAUGUCCAGAGACGCAGUCAGGUACGGCAGGGUUCCCCAGAGGGGCAAGAAGAACGGACCGGUGGGGAGCUUAUCACCGGGCGGGGCGACGUCGAUGCGAAAAAAGAGCACGGACUCGGAGUACGGUCCAAGCGACACAGACGAUAUCCUCCAACCCUUUCCACCCAUGCCGGUGAACGGAUCGACCUUUGACCUCACGCCGCCCCAUUCGAUGCUACCGAUGGGAGGCGACUCCUCGCUGCACAUCAAGCAGGCUGAGAUGUACGAGCUGGUUAACACGAUAUCGUACGCUUUCCGAAUGACGUGUUUGUAUACGUCUUCUAGCGCACCGUUUCUCAGGGGUUUCACGUUCCCUCAGGAAAAUCGAAACUCGCACUUCCCUAGCGAGGACCUGGAUGCACGGGGAAGAAAUCAGUGGGUCCAGCUGUCCCAUAUUCUUGACCAAGCGGUCAGCGGUCAAGUAGAAUUUGCCAAAGCCAUUCCAGGGUUCAGGAAUCUGACCCAGGAUGAUCAGCUUCUCUUACUAAAAGCUAGUUUCUUUGAAAUGUGGGUUGUAAGGAUCGCCCCUCUCCUCAUGAUCCCCUCCGCCCCCCACACCAACAAUGGAAUGGGCCCGAUGAUGACAUCACUGACCAUGGACAUGCACCACUCCCCAUCCUCGGGGGUCAACGGCAUGGGUACGGGGUCGUUACUGUGGCAACAGCUCUUCCAUGUCUUGGGCGGGGACCUUUACCAUGCCAUGCAUCAGUUCGCUCAGGAGUUUAAUCAACUCGGUUUGCUGGAAACGGAGGUGGCGCUAUACGGGUCCUCCCUACUGGCAGCAAAUGAUAUUAUGGGAUUAAGCAACCCACAGGCAGUGGCGGAGCUGCAACACCAGCUUGUCGAAGCCCUCCAAGUCCAAGUAGACGGCAACCACCCGUCGGCAGCAGCCCCCCUCAUGGCCACACUCUACGGCAGGGUCCAGGAGCUCCGGCGGAUCGGUGGCAUGCACCGGGACUUUGUCCUGGGGUGCUCGCAACGCUGGCCGGACCUCUGCCCCGGGCUUCCGGCGCUGUACACGGAAAUGAUGGACAUAACUGUGAUGUGAUGGACUGAAGGACAGGAUGGCGGAGGAGCAGGGAGUGGAAAGGCGAUUGAUUCUGAGGUGGCUGAUAGCUGCUCUGGUGAUAGUAAAGAUGAUUAGUUUAGGAUGGCAUUGAACGAAGAACCAGUCGGAUGGAGGAAGAACUGAUGCUACGAGAUAUUGAUGGCAGGAAGAAUGAUAGAAAAAAUGAAUGGAUAAAAGGAAAAAAACACUUUGUGGAUAGAUGAAGGGAAGGAGGAAUCGAUAUAAUGAGAAGAUUUCUAUGUGUUGACGUUGGAAUGUUUGUUGGUUGUGCGUGUACUCAUGGCUGCAUGGUAUCCUAUGGAAAAAAAGUAUAGAAAAUUUUAUGAAUUAUAAUUGCUGGCAGAAAAAGAAAAUCAACUUCUUUAGGAUAUCAAAUAAGUGCACCUUAUGUAACCCAAAGACAGUUGAUUUUAGAAUAGAGAGAAUUUGGUGUAAAGCAUUAUGCAACGUAAUUGACCUUAAGAUUGUAAGGUCAUAGGUCAUGACCCUUAGGAGGAUAAGGUCAUGACCUUAGUGUUUAACACAGAUGACCAGGAAGGGUAUGAUCUUCUGAUAAAGAGGUUAUACACAAUGUUGAGGUCAUGACCUUGUGAUUGAUUAGGACCCAUGGGUAUAUGAAAUUAUGAUAGAUAUGAUUUAUAUUCAGGGUUUUAAGGGUUCUGAUAAGCGUGCAGCUGUUAAAUGAUUUAAAAGAAGAAAUAAAGAUGAGUGACAUUUAAGGUUUUCAUUGCUGGGUGAAAUUCAAAAGUCAAAAUGUUAGAUAAUUGUAGAUGGUUAUGGUAGCGAAGAGGAGGGAAAAAAAGAAAAGUAAAAGGCAAGGAACUUGUUAUCAGUGGAAAUUGAAUCAGACUGUCGCCUAUCUAUAUUGAAGUUGUGUGUUAGUCCGAGAAGUGUAAACCAGUAUUUCUUUUUUCCGUGGAGUGGAAAUUUGUUUCCUUUUUAUGAUCAGUGUAUUUGCGUGACAACUCGAAAAACAUGUAUACUGCCGUGGAUUUAUCUGUAAGAUAACGGCAUUGGCAGCAAGUUAUUCAACAUGUGUGUGAUUUUUUCAAAAAAUACAAGAAGAUAUACAGUUCAGGGGCAUUUUAUUACAAAGCAAGCGCUUUUUUCAUAUUUUCUUCUUUUUUUUGCUUUUAGCAUGAACUUUGUAAU